AUGAUUAAAGGAGUUCCUUCUAGCCAGGCGAAAAUAAUUUUUGCCAAAAAUAAUUUUCAUGGACGUUCGAUUUUUGCUUGUUCUGUGUCUACUGAUCCUCAAGUUUAUGAGAAUUUUGGGCCUUUUAUUCCUAAUAUUUUGCAUAAAGCACUUUCGGACCCACAAUGUGCUGCUUUUGUGGUAGAACCAAUACAAGGGGAGGCAGGGGUUGUUUUGCCAAGCGAGGGAUAUUUAAAAGGAGUGCGUGAACUAUGCACAAAAAAUCGAGUUUUGAUGGUUGCUGAUGAAGUACAGACUGGAUUGGGGAGGACGGGAAGAAUGCUCUGUUGUGAUCAUUACAAUGUCAGACCAGAUAUAGUAACAUUAGGCAAAGCCCUUUCUGGCGGUCUCUACCCAAUUUCGGCAGUUUUGGCUGACGAUGAAAUUAUGUUAACAAUAAAACCAGGCCAACACGGGUCAACUUAUGGAGGAAAUCCUUUAUCUGCAAAAAUAGCAAUAGAAGCAUUAAAAAUUAUUAAAGAAGAAAAUUUGUGUGAAAAUGCUUUAAAAAUGGGAAAUUUAUUAAUUAACGAAUUGAAUAAAUUACCCAAAAAUGUUGUCAGUUCUGUUAGAGGGAAAGGACUUUUAUGUGCUGUUGUUAUUAAUGAAUCAAUCGAUGCCUGGAAAAUCUGUACUCGUUUGAAGGAAAAAGGUGUUUUGGCCAAAAAUACCCACACCAAACAAAUAAUUCGUAUAGCACCUCCAUUGGUAAAUUUAUUAAAAUUCUCGUUCAAUAUAAAAUUAAAUAUUUUUUUAAAGAUAAUUAAUGAAGAACAAAUUAAAGAAAUUGCAGGCAUUAUUAAAGAAACAAUUGAAUCGUUUAAUUAA